AGGGAAUGAAGGCUCCCAGUUGCAGCCCUAGUGAGGUGAUCUACAGCCCUGAUUUUCGCCAGUCAUUAUACUGUCACCUUCUUUGUGGUCUCGUUUUUCGUGACCAAAUCCAUUUCAUAACCUCCGUCUUCGCACACGGCAUUGUUCUUGCCUUUCGAACCCUCGAACAAGUGUGGGAGGAGCUGUGCACCGACAUUCGGGAAGGCGUUCUUUCGAGCCGUGUCACGAUCCCCUCCGUUCGGGAUGCCAUGUCAUCGAAGGUCCUCGUCGUGCCCGACCCUGAGUUGGCAGGCACGAUCUGUGAGAAUUGCAAGGCACUGAUGGAGAAUGGGUGGUAUGGACUGAUCCUGGAGCUGUUUCCAAAUGCAAAGUAUAUUAGUUCAAUCUUCACAGGGACCAUGCAACCUUAUGUGAAGAAGUUGAGGCAUUAUGGAGGGAAUAUGUUGCCUUUGAUGAGCUCAGAUUAUGGGGCUUCUGAAGGGUGGGUUGGGUUUAAUGUGAACCCUAAUGGUCCACCAGAGGCUGCUUCCUUUGCCGUGGCCCCAAAUGUAGGGUACUUUGAAUUUAUUCCUUUGAGGAAUGGUUUGGAGUUGGAACCUGUUGGUUUGACCCAAGUCAAAGUUGGGGAGGAGUAUGAAAUUGUUCUCACAAAUGGCACAGGAAUGUAUCGCUAUCGGCUGGGAGAUAUAGUGAGGGUGAAAGGCUUCCAUAACUGCACCCCACUGCUCCAAUUCAUUGGCAGGAAAAGUCUUAUCCUCAGUAUCGACAUUGACAAGAACACAGAGGAAGAUCUCAUACUCUCUGUGGAAACAGCUGCAAAAAUCUUAAGCAGCAACCCAUCAUCCAAGAUUGAACUACUUGACUUCACAAGCCAUGUCAACACAUCAUCAUAUCCAGGCCAUUACAUUAUCAUCUGGGAAUUGAGUGGGGAGGCAAUUGAUCAUCAAGCUCUACAAGAAUGCUGCAACUGCUUGGACCUUUCUUUUGCAGAUGCUGGGUAUAUUGUCUCUAGAAGGGUCAAGACCAUUGGUCCGCUGGAGCUUCGGGUGGUGAGGAAAGGGACAUUCAACAAGGUUCUGAAUCACUUUGUCGGUCUGGGAGCUACUCCAAACCAGUUCAAGGCUCCAAAGUAUAUCCCAGAAACUAACGAGGCAGUUAUUGGGAUAUUAAGAGACAAUGUGGCUAUGGCUUUCUUUAGUACCGCAUAUCCCUGAAGUUGUAAUAGCUAGCUUAGUGUUCAUGCUUGGCUCAAAAUAAAACAUAAAACAUGGGAGUACUUCCUUUUUUGUGGGACAUAAGUUUUAAAGUUACUAUUCCUAUAGUCAAUGGAGCAUAAUUUAUUCUUAAUAC